GUCACUACUUGGUGAUUUAAAUUGCAGUGGCAGAAGUUCGCUGGUGGGAACAUAUUGGACAGUCUGGUGCCAUCACACGUCUCCUCUCCUCACAGUUAAAACAAUUGGGAAUUUUCUCCGCAUACAGGACAAGUGAAGCGUGAGAGUCCAGAUUUGGCUACAAGUGGCUGGAAAUGUUUGCUAGAGUGGCCAAGCAGCUCACACAAGAGCUGGACUCUGACGGGAGGCUCAUUCCUAUAUCCAGCUUGGCUAGUGCCGAUCGUUACAGACUCUUCUCUUUGGUCAUGAAGGAAGAGUCCAAGCUGCCUUGGCAACCCAGAAAAUAUCUCGCCACCCCCUACAAACUUACAGAUGUAUUCAAAGAAGGAACAACUAUGGAUGCAGAGGUGAAAUAUGAUGAUCUGUUAGGAUACUCCGAGACCACAGACCAGAAUGCAGGAGGAAAGCUCAGCCUUAAGUUACAGACCACUGAGGUGGACUUUGGUGGCUCAGGGAAGAGUUCAUUCUCUGUCUCUCAGAUAUCCGUGAGAAAAGCCUAUGUGGUUGAAAAAGGGCAGUGGAAAAUUGACACAUCGCACAAGUUCAUAAAAGAAUUUUCAGGCUCCCCUAGGAGGAAGUUGUAUGUCGUGACUGAGGCUUUUGAGAUAAAGGAAGCAUUGCUCAUUGAGAAGACGAGCCAGGGAGGAGGCAAAGUCAUGAUUACAGCAGGGGAAAUAGGUGGAAUACAGGGGCGGGGCAAGAGCAUUAAAAAGAAGAUGAUGUUGAUUCCUCAGGGCACAGUGCUGGCAUAUGUCGUACAACCCCUGAAUAUCCAGAAGGAAAGAACUUUCUGUGCCAGGGCGGAUUUACAAAACUGGAAAUCUUCGUUUGUUUCUGAUGGCUUCAAGGAUAAGUCAGAGCCUUCACUAACAGUAUUUCAGGAGGUGAAGGGCACCAUCAAAAGAGAAUGUGAGCCGCUGAUGUCUCUGAGUCAGGAUUUCAGGAUCAAACUGCUGGGAACCUUUAAGAGUUUUCUGCAGGAUGGCGAUGUUAUAUCAGAUGUUAAAACUGUGCUGGAGCUGUUCUUGGCAGGGGGUCAACCUAAGCACUCAAUGCUGGACUCAUUGGAUAAAAUUCUCUGGCCUCAGGUGGAAAAUUUGCUUCAUGAUUUAGGAGUUUUCUGUGAGAAUCAGAGAGAAGAAGCCCCUUCAUUAUUGCAACCGGUACACUUCCUGUGUUCUUCUUUAGAAGAUCUGGACGUUAGAGUGCUGCCCCUACUUGUGACCUGCAUAGAGAAGAACAUGAUGGCCAAGCAGCUUGUGCUGAUGAAAGACGUCUUGGAGUGGGGGCUUCUUUCCAGUGACGAAGAAAGCAUCUUCAGCCUGGCCUCUUCUCUGCCAGAAGAAGAAAAGAACGUAACUGCAGAAAUGAUGGACAUGUGCGGACUGAUUCCACAGACAGACAGACCUUCUCUCACCUACCUGUGGAAUAAGGAAGCCCAAUCAAACCUAACUGUACUGUAUGCAGCCUUGUAUGCUUUGUGGAUUCUAACUGAGUGAUACCAGUUUAAGUGGGAGGGUGUAAAUAUAAAAAAUGUGGAUCAACAAAGAGCUACAAAUCAUCCCCCUAAAGCAGGGUUGGGCAAAUUACAGCCCGCGAGCCACAUCUGGUCUGUCAGACCAUUUAAUCCAGUCCUCGGCUCCCGCUGGGGAGCGGGGUCUGGAGCUUGCCCUGCUCCCGCCCUCCAGCAAGGGAACAGGGUUGAGUGCUUUCCCCACUCCGCUGCCCCAUCUGCAGGCCCCGUCCCCACAACUCCCAUUGGCCACGGUUCCCGGCCAAAGGAGCUGCAGGAGUGGCCCCUGUGGAUGGGGCAGCGCACAGAGCCGCCUGGCUGUGCCUCGCAGCUGGAGGUGGGACAUGCUUCUGGGAGCUGUUUGCUGUAAGUGUCGCCCGGAGCCUGCAUUCCUGAGGCCCACUGCCCCUCAAUCCCCUGCCACAGCCCUGAUCCCCCUCCCGCCCUCCGAACCCCUUGAUCCCAGCCCAGGGCCCCCUCCUGUACCCCAAACUCCUCAUCCCCAGCCAGAGCCCUCACCCACCACCUGCCCCAUCUCUGAUCCUCCUCCUGCCCUCCAAACCCAUUGGUCUCAGCCCGGAGCAUUGUCCUGCACCCCAAAACUCUCAUCCCCAGCCCCACCCCAGAGCCCGCACCUCCAGCCGGAGCCCUCACACCCCUUCCCUGUAAACCAACCCCCUGCCCCAGCCCUGAUCCCCCUCCCACUCUCCAAACCCCUCGGUCCCAGCCUGAAGACCCAUCCUGCACCUCAAACCCCUCAUCCCCAGCCCCACCCCCAGAGCCCUACCCCCCUGCACCCCAACCCAGAGCCCCCUCCCACACCCUGAACUCAUUUCUAGCCCCACCCCAGAGCUCUCACUCCCAGACGGAGCCCUCAUCCCUUCCCAUACCCUUACCCCCUAUUUUGUGAGCAUUCAUGACUCGCCAUACAAUUUGACCCUCAGGCCAAAAGGUUUGCCCACCCCUGCCCUAAAGCAUGAUAUUCAUUAGGGUCACUUGAAAUAUCUGUCCAGGAGCAGCUCAAGGCUAAAAGUCUCUUCUGGGGUACUCAUUAGGAAAAUAAACUGAUUUCUAGGGGCUACACCUGCCAUCCAUCUUUAAGCAGAACUCACCAUUGAUCUCAGUGGGAAAUUUUGCUUAAAUGUGGAUGGCACAGUCAGGGCCGGCUCUAGACAUUUCGCCGCCCGAAGCACGGCAGCAUGCUGCGGGGGGCACUUUGCCGGUCACCGGUCCCACAGCUCCG